AUGCAGUAUAAUGUAAAUGGUGAUGAUGAAGCACUAUCUCUGACCACAGUGAAGGAGACUGAAGGGCUCAACCAUAUGAGGCAGCAUGUAGAAGACCACCAACAGAUAGACAAAGAAUUUAUGCAACCCACUGUUGCCAAGCGAGCUGGAAAUGGAAAAGCCCAUAGCAAAAACACAACAGCAAUGGUAUCAUGGUCUGCUUUCCACGGAAAACGACAGAAACACGUCAACGCACGAUGCCAGAGUUCGUCGCUGCCUCUUUUUGCAGAAGCUGCUCAUUCUAUAGCCAUGAUCAAGCAUGCCAUAACUGUUGUUAUGAAAGCUGUUGAACACCUCAACCCAGGGCAAGCUGCAGUUGUAUCAUUCGAUCAACCCCUAUAUGCUUUAGCCAAGUAAAUACAAUGGAGAUAUCCAGACACGACGGGAGAAGAUAAGCUGAUAGUUAUGCUUGGUGGACUUCACAUAGAGUUAGCGGUUCUCGAAGCAAUAGGAUCGUGGCUGUUGGGAAGUGGUUGGACAGAGGCUGUUGCUCAAGCCGGGAUAACCACGACUGAAAGGGCUGAGUCAUUAGUAACGUCUGCACAUUAUUACGCGUACAAGAUAAGUCCAUCAAAUUACGGCAUCCUCGCUUUAUAUACUUCAGCUGAGAGCCUACAAGAAUUACUGCGCACAAUGCACAGAGAACGCUCCUCCAUUCCCUGAAUGGUGCAGAGAUCAAGCCAGUAAGACCCCGCAGCUCCAAUUCUGGAAUAUGACCCUCACGUUCUAGUUACUUAUUCUCAUUCUCGUGCGCUCCUUUCGACAAUCGGACUUCAGACAGUAUACGGCUGCUUUGAUGGCAAUUACCCCUUGGAUGUUCGCUCUAGAUCGCACUAAUUAUUAGCGGUGGCUACCAGUAGAUAUUAGGGACAUGGUAGACCUACCAAAUAAACACCCACACGUCUACAAGGAGUUCUAAAAUUGUGGAAAAUUUACAGUGCAGAAGCAGACGACUAAUACUUUUUCAUCUAUACCACCAGACCAGGCUCAUGAACAGAGUAAUGAGUUAAUCAAGGGGAACAGCGGGAUUAUGGAAUCACUGAGAAUCCUGGUGCGCUUUUAAGAUGGAUGGUGGCCGGACCGGAGCUGGCAAAAAUGGUAAAAGAGUUUGAGAUUACAAUAGAGGAGGACAGCACCAACCAGACUUGUACACCACAUCAUUAGCAAUCCACGGCUUGUCAAGCGCGCUUGAUAAGUCAUGUUCAAUCUCUGGUGUCUACUAUGGAAGAGCUUGGCAACUCAUUUGAAGGGGAAAGCACACCCCGAUCUCACUUGUAUCGAAAGACAUAGCUGAUCCAGCAAUGAAAGCUUCUUUGAACAACACUGAGUCAAUUGGAAAGGGGCAGUAUGAACUCUUCAUCAAAGAAAAGCUUACGGAGAGAUUUAAGCCAAUCGAUGACAGCAUUUCAAGAAAUAAUCUUCCUUUGUGGAAACCAGGGUCUAAGAGUUCAACAUCAAAAGAGAAAAUGAAGCUAAAAUCUGUAAAAACGGACUGCCAGCUGUUUCGGAGGCCAUACAUCGGAUGUCAAAGUAGAGAUGGUGAUCUCGAUGAUUUCUUUUCUCAUGAAAAUCAAGGGUCUCCUCCUUCAUUAUCGGACUGUGGGAGAAUCAGGUCAGGUAGCAAAUGUGACUUAAUACAGUGCAUAGAUAAAUUGGUGGGCACAGAAGAGUCCCAUAAUCACGCCACAAUUCUGUAAAACUUUCAUGGAAUACAGCGAGAUCUUUCUACCGUACAUCAAACCGUCAAUUGAAAAUGUACAGAGGCUGGAUUUGGUGUGGGAUGAAUACAUCCCUAACAGUUUGAAGGCAAGCACAAAGCAGAAGAGAGACACUGGCGCCAGGAGGAGAGUUCUUCCAUCUGCUAUGGUAGCCCAAAACUGGCAAGAAUUCUUAUGUUUAGAUAACAACAAGAAGGAGCUGCUCCUGUUCUUUUCAGAGCAGGUCGUGAAAAUGGCGAUCUAGGGCAGGCAAACUAUAGUUACAAAAGGAGAAGAGGUCCUCUGCUCUCCACCUGCGACAGGGAGGAAUAAAUUGUCACUCUGUUCGCAUGAAGAAGUAGAGACAAGAAUAAUGGUUCAUAUUACUGAUGCAGUACAAGAUGGUCACCAGUCAGUCAUGAUCCGAUCAACAGACACUGACGUGGUAGUGUUAACUGUUGCCGCUGUUGCAACUUUAGACCGAAAGGAAUUGUGGGUCUCCUACGAAACCGGAAAAAAUCAAAAGAUCCUACCAGCACAUCUCUCCCCAUCUCCCCCGUGUCUCCCCAUCUUCCAUGCCCUGACAGGGUGCGACACAACAUCCUUCUUCGCUGGGUAUGGAAAAAGACCAGCCUGGGCAGUUUGGGAGAACUUUCCAAAUGUUACUAGUACAUUUCUGGAGCUGGCAGGGACCCCCUCUAGUAUUUCUGAGGAGAAUCUGUGCACCAUAGAACGAUUUAUCAUUCUGAUUUACGACAGGACUAACCACCUCAGCAAGGUGGGUGUUAAUCUUCUUCGUUUCUUCUUGAGGACUUGUGAUCGUGUAAUGUUUGGAUUUAUUUAUACUUACUAUUUGGUAUUUGUUUCAGGUCAAUGAUGCCCGAAAGUGCUUAUUCACAAAGAAAGGAAGAGGUUUGGAAGGAGUCCCAUCCACCCGGGACGCUCUGGAACAACACGUGAAGUGCGCCGUGUAUCAAGGAGGAUACGUGCGGGGGCAAGCAACGGUACUUAAGCCUGUUCUUCCUGAACCCACAAAUUGGGGCUGGACCUUAGGGAGAGAAAAGCAAGUGCAAAGAGCUGCUCCAUUGUGGUUGUAA